AGAGGCGUGCAGUAGUGUGGUGAGGUGCGUAACGCGCGGUGGUCCAGUGCAGUGCCGUGUUCUCCUACGUCGUAGCUUGGGAUGUGCUGGUGGCGGUGCAGUGCAGUGACCCGCGACACCAGUGAUCAGUGUGACGUCACGGGGGCCAGUGAUUUUGUUAGUGCGACCGCGCAGUGAUCAGUGCUCAGUGUGUGUGGAGUGAACCAGGUGCCGUUUGCGUCGAGGCACCGGUGAUGGCGCGCCCGUGGCAUCCUGGCUAUUAUGGUUGAGAAUGUGGGCGGUCAGUGCGGGCGUGCGGCGGUCACCAGGGUUGCAAGUAGUCGCGUGGAGUACGUGGUGGGCGUGAAGCCGUGCGACGCGCCCGCGCCCUGCCCUGCGCAUUAUGGACUGUGUCUGCCCGUGGUGGUGAACCUCACUGACCCGGCCAACGCCCUCGGGACCGUCCAGCCCGACAAGGACGCCAUUCUGGACAUUGUAGAAGCCAACCGCAGGAAACAGGCCGCCGCCAGGACCAGGAGGGCCUCGGGGGACUCCCACAGCCCCCAGCAGACGUCCCCCCCGCCGCUGGGAGACUCUCCCACCCCGAUAGACACGCUGCAGCAGGCGGGGCAGCAGAAACAGCAGCCGUCCGCUGCUGAGAGCUGGCGCAUCGCGCGCGCCGUACAGCGUUGGGCCCAAGGCUUCGGGAAGGGC